GCCCCCCGGGCCGUAGCCCGGCAACGGGGACGCGGGGCCGGCAUGGAGGCGGUGUCGCUGCCCGCCGCCCUGGAGCUGGCGGCCGGCGGCGGUGUGGGGCUCGGCCCGGAGAAGCGGGCGGUGCUGGGCACCUCGCUGCCGCUCCUGCAGCGCGACUACCGCUUCCAGCGGGUCCGGUUUUGGGGGUGUAUCCAGGGCGUGCGCGGCGUCUACUACCUGGCCGAGGGGCUGGGCCCCGACCGCGCCGCGCCCCGCAGCCGUCUCUACAGCUUGAACUGUGUCGAAUGGAGCCUCCUGCCACCAGCGACCAAGGAGAUGGUUGUGCUGGCUGGGAAGCUGAAAGGCCGCUUUCAGGGGGAUCCUUCUUUUGAGUACGACUACACUGAGAUAAAUGCAGAAGAUGCUGAAAGGUUGUUGGAAGAUGGUAAGGAGCCCAUCAUCAAGGAGGAGACCCGCCUCGUAGCUACGAUAGAACAAAUAGACUCAGCAGUCGGUAUCGUACCCCGGGGUGCAUUUGUGAAGACUCCCCUUGGGUCUGUGCAUGAAAACAGAAACUUUGAAGGUCUUUCUUUGAUGGAGGCAAAAAAGUUAAGUUCCUAUUUCCAUUUUACUGAGCCUGUUAACCUGAAGAAUAAAACCCUGCUGGAAAAGGCUGACCUGGACCCAUCUGUUGACUUUCUAGACUCUCUGGAACAUGAUAUUCCACAAGACAGAUUUAUUUUCCUAAGAGCAAAAACAGUCCACAAAAUCCACAUAUGAAAGCUUCAAAGCCCGUCGCACAGGACUUUUCUGCAAACUCUUCUGUCUAUGUAAGGUAGUGUACCCCCUUUUCUUGCCAAGUCACCCAACUUUCUGCUGUAUCCAAUCACACAGUUUGUAGUGGGAAGUUUGAAAAUAACCUGCAAGCACACACUGGCAGAUGGUCUGAAUUUUCUCAACCAGCUGAAGGUUAACAGGACAGAGCAUCCAUGUGGUUGCCAAAUGCAGCUGGUUCACAGUCUCCUAACAUGUUAUGUCAGUGUACAGAGCCCUCACUCUGGACAAAGGUGGACAGCACCGCCAAUCUCAGGGACUGGCAACCCACCCUGGGGCUCAGCUUGCCCCCUUGAGUACAGUAGGAUCCUGGGCAAAAAGUGGAAUCUCUAAACUUCAGCUGCACAAAUGAGUUGUUUGGAUAGAGUAUGAUGCGAGUCCUGGUGGGAUUUCCCUGUCUGGAAAAGGCAAGACAUAAACAGGAUGGAAACAAGUGUGGUUAGUCACCUGCAGUCACUUCAAUUGCUUAAAAUCUUUGUGGCACAUGGAAGUCUGUUUCCAUGGAUUUUAUUCAUGAGCAGGAGGGCCCCACAGCCCUCCCACUCAGGGACUGCUGCUUAACACCUAGGAGCAGGCACAGGGCUCCCAUGUACUGGGUAGGGAAAACGACCUACUUAUCGGGCAACUGCAGUUCUGCAUGCAGCCCAAGCAAAGGCCAUGUUGGUGCAAUUCAGGACUGAACUUCUGAACCCUCAGUGAACUUUUUCAAUCUGGCUUUUGUUUGGAUUAAGAGCAGAAGGCAGAGGGCUACAGACUGCAGGAAGCACUCGAUCAAAGUACUGGCAAAACUGCCUCCUCCCUGCCACAUCCCUUCCCACGACACCUCUUGGCUUUGCUCACCUGCAGCUGCUCUGGCUCUUUGCUUUUGAAUUCGCAUGCUAUGCACAGCAUCUCCAUGCAGACUGAGAGAAACCACGUGCUGCUGGAGUGAAAUGCUGACAACAGUGAAACCAGGUUCUGCUCCCAGUGAUGAAAAGGUGUCCACGGAACCUGAAAGCUUUACUUAUAAAGAGUUCACAUGGAACCUGCCUCUUGCCUAACGCAUCGCUGCUUCAGAUCAGGUGAUGGAGCAGGGAUUGAUAUGGAUGUUACCUGUGCCAAGUUCUCUUCUUCCAGUAGAAAUCUGAAAAUGGAAUGGCAGCUGAACACUCAAAAUCAUGUAUCUCAUAAUCUACAGCACCUCUUACUGACAGUGCCUAGACAUAGAGAGCCUGUGACAUCCCUCUGUCCUUUUGCAAAAGGAACAACUUCACAGCGUUAUGCUUUAAAUAAUAUUUUGGACCUGCCAAAAUAAAAUGAAUGCUACAAGCAUUAUGAAAGCAUCUAGAUGCUGGCCUGAACUCAGUGACCAUUCUGGAUAAAAAGUUAGUCCACACCAUCCAUGCAAGAGUCUCCAUGCUAGAAAGGAAACUGCUGAGUUAUUCAGGUUUCCAUUCCUGACAGCAAGGACAGAAGUUUGACCUGCAGCUGCGCUUGACCAUUUCCCAAAUGCUUCUGGUGUGUAGUGGCCUUACACUCAUGACUCGGGAAUAUGAGAACAGUCUAUCACUCUGCACAGUGCUGGUGAAAUCCUUGAGAACUUCCUCAGCUGCAUGGGAUAGUGAAAAUAUUUCGUUCCUGCAGCACUUAACUGGAACAUGCCAGGCUGGAGCACAAAUGGAUGCAGAAAUGACAGCAGGAAGCUAUGAAAGGGAGAAUUCAGGCUGAGGAUGAGGAAACAAUCCUUGGCUGCAAGACAAAUUUGCUUGUGGAAUCAUCCCUUGGAAACAGUGAAAGCUCCAGACUCAGCCAAGCCUAAGAAAAUGAACUGUGGGGAAUAAUUCUGCAUUGAUGGGAGUAAACUUCAUUGGUUUUCCAUGUCCAAGUAUAUGCAGACAAAUGAUAUGGAAAAGAGGGAGAGGAUGGUAGACUUGAAAAUUUAUGGAUGAUAUGGGUACUCCAACAGCCAUAUUUCUGCAAAAGUGCCCACAGCUAGUAAAGCAGUUUAGUGAUAACAUUCAUGAGCUAUCACUGUCAAAAACAAACCAGGCAGAAGGCAAAAAGAACUACUGAAGUCCAAGAAAAGGGAAAUACCAAUAUAAGUCUCACCCGGAUAGUGUCCCAACUGCAAGGGGUAAAAGAGAGAGCUGUGGAGUGCUCCCCAGUUGAGUUCUGACCACAAGGUGUUCUCAUACAUCUCCCACCACCGCCAGGACCACACAGCUUGGCUCAAACUGGUAUUUCAUGUUCAUGUUAUACCUCCUGCUGCAGUUCCAAUCUCCUCUAUGUUACAUUAUUCCUGGAUGGGUGAUACCAUGUGUUAAACAGCUGGAUGACCAAGAAUAAGGUGGGAUCUCCAGGCUCCUACUUCCCAAGGCAUUCCGCUCUUCCUCUUGCAUUCCAGUAGUAGAACAGGAUGGGGAGAUGGGGUGGGUAGGAGAAGGCCAGCUGCCAAAUGACCCAGUGAAAAGCAGGGAAAUUCUUACCUCUCUGGGUAAGAGUAAUCUGGGGCACGUAGGAGGGAAUGUCCAAAAUUCAUACAGUGCAGAUACAAUAAAACCACUUCAGAAAACAGAGUAGGAAUUGUGUUCUUUCGGAAAAUCACUGAGUAAGCACCAGAAACGCCCCUGGUCUGGAGGGGCAGAGCAGGUAGGGGGGUUUUGAGUGAUAAAUCCACACUUCACAUUACUAGAUCAAUGACAGGGCAGCAUGACCCCUGUUAAAACCAAACAGUUUCCUGACAUAUCCAUAGGGUGGCAUGUUACAUUUUACUCUCAGCUAGGUGAUAGCCAGUGCAUGCCAGACACUUUGUAUUUGAAGCAGGCUCACUUUAAACAGGGUGAUGUGACAUUGGCCAAACACUCUGGCCAAAAAUACCACAAGUGCAGUCAAGGAAAAGCUGGGGAGCAGCUUUUCUGGUGCUCUCAAAAGUAUAAAUUAACACAGCUCCUCAGCCCUUCUUUAUGUACUUUCUUAGCACCUUUGCGGGGGAGCCAUAGAGCUCCUCCUAUGCGGCUUACCUGUCCAUUGUCUCAGAGCGAAAGAGCAGGGGCAAAGCAGGUUUUUAUCAGGUUGUAGUUUUUUAUCAGGCUGGUUUGACCCUCUUUUGACAGCAGAUGAAGCUGCUCUCAAAAAUACUGACAGAACUUGGAAGAAACCUGGCCAAAUGGAGCGUCAACCAGAACUUUGCAAGACUGGAAAUGAAAGGGAUUGCUCAUCCAAAUGAAGUGAUCUGCCAGGCAGGCGUUGCUACUCUGAGUCUACAGAAUAUUCAUGGAGUCUACAUGCAGUAAAUGAAUGCUCAGGUCUGUGUUAUCGUAGAGGUGACUCCCACUUCAAGUUACACUCCCCACAAUGAAUCUCCUUCAGUCUCAGGUGCUGUGAGUGGAAUCAGCCCCCAAGGUUAUCUUGGUCCUGUCACUCUAGCAGCUGAUGGUACUCUAGUGUCAAGGGCUCUACCAUUAGAAAAAUAUUCUUCAGCCCAGUAGGUGGUAGGAGUUCUCAUAGAAGUAUGUAGGGUAACACCUAGAGUAGACAGAGACUUUUCAGAAGUUCCUCUUUUAAAAAAUUGAAAGAUUUCUCAAUUCAGAGUGUAGAGUUAGACAAGACAUUGCUUAUAGGAAGGCAAUCAGAGGAAUUUUAGAGCAGAAGGGGUGAGCACACAAAAGCACAUAUAAUGGUCUGAAAGAAAUGCCAUCCUUCAGCAGGGCAAAGCCUGUUCUCACAGCCUUGAGAAAGACCAUAUACCUUUAAGGUGCUGUCUAUUCUUUUCACCUAGUGCCUUUCUAUUUUAGAACAGUACAGCAGUGCCUGUGUCUUCUAUAUGCAAAGCCUUCUUGCAUGUGCAAUGCAAACUCCUGAUGGCAAAAGUAAGUGCAGAUGACCACGUGGGAGAGAUAGAAAGAAGGAAGGAUAUGUGACUGGGAGUGGCCUAAAUUCUCAGUAUACUGGAUACUAAUAGCCUGCUUGUGAGAACUAUCCCUCUCAGUGUGCAGCCCUGAUACAAAUUUGUAUCCAUGUCUGUUUGCUAGCUUGUUACCACAUGAUGACUACUCUGACCAAAGAACCAGACUUCUGCAGAGCCAAGCAAGUGACACCUCUUUCACCUUUCCAAGCAUUGGGUACAGCAAUGGACAAGAUGCUGUACCAGGAUCCCUGGUUCCUUCACAGGUUAAAGGUCCCUGAAGCAGCUGGUGGCAAUUCAAUAGCUCCAAGCAUCUACAACAUGGGUACUUCAGUCUGCUCCUGGGAGGGGAUGAGGUGCAGAAGAAUGUAUUUCAACACUACACUCAUAGCAGAUCCACUGGUGGAGCACAGAAAAAGCCAUUGCUGCAGGCAGAGUGGCAGAGGACAAAGGCUGAUUAAACUGAUUUUAAGGAAUGUACACUACCAGUCUUUCUGUCUUAUGAGAGCUUUAACAAGAGGCCCAAGCAUAUUAUGAGGCAUCCUGGUUUCUCCCCACUGGCAUUCUCAGGGCUACAGCAGCAGUGCAAAAAGGCAACAUUACUUCUCAUUUAAGCAGAGGUGAAGGUGAUGGUGACUAGAGCAGCCAGGACAGUGAUACCGAGAGGAGUCCAAGCUGAAAAAUUUGGAAAAUACAUCACUUAACUAUGCAAUGUACUGUCUGCUAUAAUAGGCUUUUAUAAUAGGCCUUCUCAUGGCACUGAACAAGGCAGCUUGUUUGACUGAAGAGUCCCAGCCCAAUUCUGCCCCUGACCUUCCCUACCAGCUCCCUUGCAUUGGGCAGAACCACUUGUUGAGUGCUUCCCAAAUUACUAUGGACUUACAGGAAGCUUUAAAAGCAACUUUAAAAAAAGUACAAAGGCAAAGACAAGGUAAGCUUGGAUAAGCCAUUUAUGUGGGAAACUUGUAAGCAGAGCUCUGGCUUCAUUCCCAAAAUAAGUACUAGUUGAAUGUGGGUACCCUUCAGUCCUCCCUUCAGAGUAGAGGAAGGAAGGAAUUUGUAUCUCUUGACUUUUGUGGUGGCAGCUACUGUUCCAGAGAGCAAUGUGGUCAGUCAAAAGUUUCACAGAACCGCAAUGGCCAAGAUUUCGCAAUGUUCCAAAAGGCAGAGCUUUCCCCUUAUAGCAGGCUGAGAAAACAGUCCUGAAGUACCCAUGCACUCUAUCCUGGCUCUGGGACUCAUUUGUUUAGUUCAGGCUCCACCUGGAACUCCUCCUAAAACUUUCAAUCCGAUUUCUUGAUCCAAUUCUUUUGUCUCCACCCAGACUCCAAAGCCUGCCUAUUCCACUGCUGGUCCAUCUCCUCAGCAGUAUCUCUGCUCUCUUUUUCUAAAUUCUGCUUCCACUCUACUUGCUACAUUCCCUUGCUGGGAAAAGUAAAGCAAGAGUGGUGUAGGGAGGAACUAGCAAUGCAAUAGGGUGGGCUUGGAUAAUAAUCUCCAAUUUAAAUCUCCUAAUUCUAGAGGUGUAGCUCACCUGCUUGCAUGCAGAAUGUAUCUAGAAGUAUCUGUUUUUACUAGAAGUCUGCGGAACAGUUUAUAAGUCAUGGCAUUAGAUCUGCAGUUCUACUGUGAUUCCAGCAAGAUACAGGCUUUACCAUUUCCUGUCUCAACCUGCUACACAGGGUUGCUAUGUGAAUGCUAAUUCGAUAACGUGCUCCACCCCACAGUUGCCAGAUAGACACAACUACUAAAGAAUCCCAAAGACUUGCAAGACACAAGAAAGAAGUUGUUUUCAGAGUUGAAGUAUCCGAUGGCUACUGGUCUGCAGGAAAUGCAGAGUCAUCUAAUUCAAUCCUCGCUGAUACCCAGUGCACAGCCUGCCAGCAUCCAAUAGACAUUUUCAAGACCUUGCCUCAACUCUCUACUGCAGAGAGUCAGAACUGAAAUGCAGGAGUCUCCAGCCACCCCCAACCCUGUAGCCUAAGCUCUCCCAGCAACAGCCCCAUGGCCUCUGGUAACCCCACAGCUUGCUAAUGCAAGGUUCAUAAACCGCUCUGACAUCCCCAUGGAAACAGAGUGCGAGGUCAUAAACAGGGGAUUAGCACCUCUGAGUGCCCAGCACAGUGCAGGAGGCAACCAUGGGCUUUCCUUUCGCCCACCAAAGGCCAGAGGCCAUUCAGGCUGGGGAGGGGGAUGAGAGCCUGAUGCACAAGAAGGGCAGAAGGAGGGGCGAAUUGCUGACUAGGGGAAACAGGAAUUGGGCAGAAUGGAACAGGCUUGUGAUGGACCCUUGCUGGCCUCCCAAGCCCCCACUCACUGCUAGUUGCCCUUUCAGGGCACCCCCUUGCUGUUGGGGACCAGGCAUAAAAAGGCUAAGAUAGAAGGAACUGCUCAGCCUGGAGAAAAAGAAAGCUCAGCGGGGGUUCUAAAUACCUGAAGGGUGGGUGCAAAGAAGAUGAAGCCAGGUUCUUCCCAGUGAUGUCCAGUGACAGGACAAGAGGUAAUGGGCACAAAAUGAAAGACAAGAAAUUCUGUCUGAAUGCAGUAAAACACUGUCUCAGAAUGAAGGUGUUCUCUGGAAUAAGCUGCCAGUAGAAACCGUGGAAGUUCCCUACUUGGAGAUAUUAAAAACCUGACAAUACAGUCCUGUGUAACCUACUGACUCAGAGCAGGGGGCUUGGACUAGAUGACCUCCAGAGGUCCCUUCCAACCUCAAUUCUGUGAUGCUGUGACUCCCUUUCUGGGGCAUUCUCCUGUGACUGCCCUACUGAGCGUUAGUGAUAAGAAGGCAAGUGAAGCUGAGGAAAGGACAGCAGACUCUAACAUGUGUGGCAGUUUUAAUCCUUUCUGGAUAAACGGUAUGAAUGAAAAUAUGGUUUGUCCUUAAAAGACUGGUAAGAGAACAUCAUGACAGACCUUCCUUCUCUGAAAUGCUAUGAACACUUUUUAUGAGCCCUGUUGCCUGAGGCAUGUUUUACCUAGUUAUAGGGAAUUGCACUUCCUCUUCCAAUCUAUUCCUAAAAAAAAAUAGAUGUGGAAAGACAAGGCU